GAAAAAACUUUUGGCAACCUAUCUGGCACUUCAUAUACAUUUUAAUUUUGCUUGCACAGCGAUUCUGCACGUGUUAACUAUUGUUGCGAACGAACUUAAAAUCAAGAAUGGCUUUUUGAUUUGAAUAAGAGAUGUAGAUCCAAGAUUGAUCUAUCGUUCAGAUCAAGAUUCAUCACUUCUUAAUUUGAUACAGAUUAUAAGUGAUCGAUUGAUUGCUUGGUCUGGUCUGCAACACGUCUGUCUAGCUGCUGGCACCUCUCACUUGACUUUUUUUCUCCACUGGAGCUGAGCCACCGCGACACCGUCCGCGUAUGUAGCGGCACAGGACAGGGCGAAACGCAGUUCGGGCACGGUGUUCGCUCGAAGUCGAAUGGUGCAGUUCCGUUCUAUUCUAACCCAUUUUAGAUUUCAGUUUGACCCAACAUGUUACCUCAGCAGAGCAAAUGGAUGGCUUCGGCUGCAUCUGGAAGUCACCUCCUUAUUCCUUCCUCUUCUGCAACUUGUAUCCUGAAGGUAUUACAUGUAUGUCAAAAGUCAGGUAGGAAGCCAGUACUUGGACCGAUGCUUCAUCAUUCAUGUUCUCGAUGGGGUGAAAACGUCAUUCGAGUCCCAGGAAGAAGUUUCAGAUUGCAUCAAACGGUAAACGUUGGUCCCUCUGUUGAGUGGAGACUCGAUGCCAGUCAUGCAACUUGGGCUAGAAGAACAUUCUCAACAAGUUCUUUUGCAUCGUCAAGCUUCAUAAGGAGAUUUCCAAGAAGAAAAAAUAGCGAGGAAAUUGCAACAGGAGAGAAGAGUGUUUCAGAAGCAAAGAGGCUUGAAGAAUUCCUGUCACCCCACAGUGGCAGUGAAGCAAGAACUGAAAGGCUUGUGAGUGAAGUAGCAAGUGAUCCAGGACUUACAGGUACAUUUGUCAUUAAUGGCAGUCAGAGCCAAAGAAAUGUGAACAAACUAAGGAGUACUACUGCCUCAACACUUCAGAUGACCAUGGAUAUGCCAGAUGUCUCUACCAGUGACCAGAGCCCAAUAGCCACGGGUCAGGAUGAGGCGUCUGCAAAUAGCAGCAACUAUGAAUUUCAAGACAUGAAAUGGAUGCGGGGUAAGGAUACCAGACUACACAAAUCCAGAGUCAGUGAUUCUGAUGUGAUGCAGGGUGAGGAGAUGGCAUCUGAAGUGUAUCCAGGGGACAAUAGCCACUCAACAGAAGUGGAAACUGUGAGUGCAGAUCUACUAGAAAUGGACUCUGGAAAACACCCCGGUGUGCAUAGGAGAUCAAAGGCAGAGGGUUGGAGAAAGCAUCCCCAUCAGGAGAAUGAGAAAAGCUAUCAUAAAGCCAAAGAGAACUUAACGAUUCCCCGCGGCCAUGAUCUACUGUACGGCAUCUCCCCGUGUCUCCUGGCUCUGCAGCAUGCUAAGAGGGAGGUCCAUCAGCUGUAUAUCACAUCUGCCUUCAAGAACUCACAGAGGUCAGAGGUCAAAGACAUUCUAGCCUUAGUGGAGGAGAGAGGCCUGAGAGUGUGGACAACAAACAGACGAGUCUUGGAUAAGUUUUCAGAGGAGAGGCCUCAUCAGGGUGUGUGCAUGGAGACCAGUCGUCUCUACUUUAGUCCUGUCCGAGAAGAGGAAGACGAAGGUGAAGUUCCUGCUUCCUCGGUGAGAUUGGUCCUCGACCAAAUCAAGGACCCAAUGAAUCUAGGGGCUUUGCUACGAUCAGCAUAUUUUCUUGGUGUUGAUAAAGUUAUAGUCAGCAAAAAGAACUGUUGUUCCCUGACUCCCGUAGUAAGCAAGGCCAGUAGCGGUGUGAUGGAGAUAAUACCUGUUUAUGCCACAGCACUCAUCCCUUCAUAUCUUGAGAAUGAGAAGCUGAAAGGAUGGAGUAUAGUUGGUGCAUCCGUUGGUGGUUCCAGCUCUUCAGAAGAUGUUAUCCCUUGUCACGAGUACAACCCGACAGGACCGGUCCUUCUUGUAGUCGGAAAUGAAGGAUUUGGUCUCAGUAGUGACAUCAGUGAGCAGUGCUCUGAGUUCAUCUCUAUACCGGCAGGAAGACAGCUGCAUGCUGGGAUAGACUCCCUUAAUGUCUCCGUAGCAACAGGUAUACUGCUACAUUCUCUCCUUGGAAGGAGAUAGCUUUCAUCAGGGACAAUCAGGACAAACGGACACCAGGACAAACGGACGAAAGCAAGGAAUGAUGUUUGUGCAAUAUUCGUCUCUUCCUCUGUAAAACUUUUUGAAUUGAGACACUAUAAAUCUGAGCCAUCAAAACUCAUAUAUUGAAAUGCAAGAUUUCAAAAUAGUCUGUAGAGUAAAAAAUAUUGCCAAAUGAGAACAAAGGCAAGCGAUAUUUUAGGUAUUGUUCGAGAAAUUUAGUGGAAUUCGAA